UAUUUAAUGCAAAACAUCUAUACCACCCACCCAUGCACCCACCCACCUAUCUAAACCAUAUUUUUUCCCUUUAAUCUAAUGGAGCUUCUCUUAGUAUUCUCCCAAUGUCCACCAUUCCCUCCGCCGCCUACGGCGGUCCACCACCACCUCUAACCACCACCAAUACGCUCAUCGAGAGCCUCAACAAAAUAGGCCUCGGCUACGCAAUUGCAAUUGCCCUUGCCUUCCUCUUCCUCCUAUCAACUCUCAUCCUUUCAUCUUACCUAUGCUGCCGCUCCGCUGCCUAUCGCCGCCGUCAAGCCCAAUCCCAGUCUCGAAACCCGAACACCGGAAUUUACAUUCCGAGUGUAAUUUUCGUUGCUGAGGAAGACGAAAACGACGACGUUUCAUCUCAGAACACUUUCGCGGGCCUCAAUCAAGCAGUAAUCAACUCUUACCCUAAAUUAAUUUACUCAAGCAGAAACGGAAAUUGGGGAAACGGAAACGGAAGCAGAAACGACGUCGUGUGUGCGAUUUGUUUGUGCGAUUACAAGGAAGCGGAGAUGUUACGGAUGUUACCUGAGUGUAAGCAUUAUUUUCAUGUGAUGUGCGUAGAUGCGUGGCUGAAAUUGAAUGCUUCAUGUCCAGUCUGCCGGAACUCGCCGUUGCCGACGCCGAUGUCCACGCCGUUGUCGGAGGUGGUCCCACUUUCACAAUAUUCCGAUGGUCGGAGAAGACAUUGAUGACUGAAAAUAGAUGAGGAAGCGCUUGGAAUUUUCUUUUGUGUAAUUUGAAAUUGGAAUUUCUGUUGAGUAUUAGUCAUUCUCUGAUUUUAGAUUUCAAAGAAAGAAUAUAUUUCUAGAUCUAAUAAUAUUUUAUUUUAUCUUGAAAUAAAUUUUUUUAAA